CCCCGUGCGGGCCGAGCUGGGCUCUCUUUCCGGCCUCCGCCAUUCCGCGAGCAGGUUGGCGGGGAGUGUUCGCGUCCCCCCUCACCGCGUGCUCAUCUGACCGCGCUCCCCUUGCCCGCAGCUGCCAGCCGCGCCAUGCAGAUCUUCGUGAAGACCCUGACGGGGAAAACCAUCACCCUCGAGGUUGAGCCUUCUGAUACUAUAGAAAAUGUGAAGGCCAAGAUCCAGGAUAAGGAAGGAAUUCCUCCUGAUCAACAACGACUUAUUUUUGCUGGCAAGCAGUUGGAAGAUGGACGCACGCUGUCUGACUACAAUAUUCAAAAGGAAUCGACUCUUCACCUUGUGCUGAGACUUCGUGGUGGUGCUAAGAAGAGAAAGAAGAAGUCUUACACUACCCCCAAGAAGAACAAGCAUAAGAGAAAGAAGGUUAAACUUGCUGUCCUUAAAUAUUACAAGGUGGAUGAGAAUGGUAAAAUCAGUCGCCUGCGCCGAGAGUGCCCCUCUGAGGAAUGUGGGGCUGGAGUUUUUAUGGCCAGUCACUUUGACAGACAUUACUGUGGCAAGUGCUGCCUGACAUACUGCUUCAACAAACCAGAAGACAAGUAAAUGUAUCUGUGUUAAUAAAAAAAACCAGCCCUCAGA